AUGGGACUCCCGAACUUAAAGGCAUACUACCAAGCGGCCCUCCUCACAAAUGUCAUAUGCGUACACUCGCCCUCACACAACCCCCAAUGGGUAGCAUUGGAAAGUCAGUUCUGCUUCAACAAGGACCUACCUUCCACACUAUGGACGCCCCCAAGCCUAAGACCCCAAAACCUGGACAUGCUACCCACUACCAGACUAUUGAUCUCUACAUGGGACGCUAAUAUAAACAAACUAUGCUCGGCCCACCCAUGGGCCCCGGCUGCCCCCAUCAAGACCUUAUACCACUGCAACGGCACAUUCCCGCACAAGAAAUGGAACGAGAAGGGCAUUACACACCUAUACCACCUAUACACAACUGAAGGUCUAAAACCCUUUCCAGACCUACAAUUAGAGUACGCGCUCCCCUCGAACUUCACGUUCGCUUACCUCCAAAUAAAAGCGCUGCUGCUAGAAAACACGGUCAGUACAAGGAAACAGACACUACGAGCCAGUAACAAAGUUUGA